UGAAAUUGAAAAAUGAAAUUGAAACCCCAAUUCCCAAACUUCUCAGCAGUCUUCCUUCGUUCUCCUCCCUCACUGCUGCUCGUUCCUUCGUACUCUUCCCUCGCUGCUGCUCGUUGCUUCGUUCUCCUCCCUCGCCGCCGCCGUUGCUUCGUUCUCCUUCCUCGCCGUUUCGUUUUGCUGUGCUCGAAUCUCUAUCUGAGGUAGUGGUGCCUGGAAGGAUUUGGAACUCAAAGAAUACAACUUUAAAGCUAAAGGUCUUCCACCUGAAAGUGGUCAUUUGCAUCCCUUACUCAAGGAAUGGAAGGUGGAACUAAUAAUUGGUAAAUGUUUGCCAAAUGGAGCGAUGAAUAUGAACAAGGAGUCGACGAAUAUGUCAAAAGGGCUUUUGCUAUUAAGUCUCAAGGAAAUCAAAUUUGUUGUCCAUGUCAAACUUGUCAUUAUCAAAGAAACAUCAAGUCAAUUGUCCUCGAAAAGGAAAAAACAUCGAGGACGAACAAUACUCCACAGAGUUCACGCACGUUCAAGAGAGGAGCGUCCUGUGAUUGUUCUGAACUCAUUAGGUCAGUCGUUGGACCUACUAAGGAGAUUGUGCAAGAGUUCAAGUUUUUUCUGGGAACAGUGGCAAGGGAUUCCGAACUUGCACCGCUUAACUACAGAAAUUUUCCUAGCCUACCGACACUUGAUAAGAUAUUGGAUUAUGUCCAGGAGAAGUAUAUGGUCCCCCAUGCCGGGUUAAAUUGGGUGAUGGAUGCUGUAAAUAGUUGGAAAUAUUAUAAAUGCCAAAUCAAGAAGAAACACUUCUAUGCAUAUGAUACGGAUGAUUUAAAGUGGGAACAUUAUCCAGAUACAAUCUCCGAUCAGAUGUUCCUAGAUCUUCUACAAUAUUGGCAUACCGAUGAGGCGAAGGCAAUUAGCCAAAGCAACAAAAGCAAUCGUCUAAUGUUAGAUGAUAUGCACACUUUGGGACGCAAAUCAUAUGCUAUUUUACGCCAUGAGUUGCAACAACAAGAUCCCGACAAGAAAGAACCUUCUCAAGCAAAGGUUUACAAGGAAUCAAGAAAAAGAAGUGCUGAAAGGACAUACAUUAGCAGCUUUGAAAAAGCAAAAGAGAAUAUUGACAAAAUUGAUGCUUUGGAGUCAGCACAAUCACAAGAAGAUGGUAAUGUAUGCAAUGACCCUUACAGUGAAGUGAUUCCACCUCCUAAACGCAAAAGUCGUUUGCAUCUAUGUGGCUCGGGUGUGAAGAAGAGUGAUUUGAAGAACAAAGAUACAAAGUCAAAUUACAUACUCCCGGAGGAAUUCCUGGUAGGCAUAAAAACACAAUUAGUCCAAGAAAUUGCACCUACCAUCACCGCUGCAGUUUUGGAUUCGAUUCGCGAGGUGAACCCUGGGAUUAAUCUUGUGGUUCCUAGUACUCUACAGCAAUUGACUCCGCAUGAUGCAUCUAGUGCACCAAAUCGAAAUACUGCCCAAAGUGGACAAUCUUCAAAAUCAUUUAAUCAGGUGGUUGAUGACGAUGAGCUACCCCAGGAUGAAUGAAGUAAGGACUAAUGUUGAUUUUAUGUAUCUAUUGCAACUUCUAGAGAGCUUUCAAAUUAAACGUUUGUUAAUUAAUUAGCUAGUGAACUUUUAUUUAUAAUUAGUUAGUAUUGACACUUCGUUUACUUUUGUAAUGCAACGAAUAUAUAUUAUAUGUACUUCGUUUAUUUUGCAAUGCAACGAAGAU